AUGCAGAGGUCUUCGGGUACACGGGAACUACACAAGGCCUUGUCUGUUGUGAGUGCCUUCAAGAAGAGACAGGUAAAGAGACGCCUAGUUCUGAGACAGAGAAGGAUGAUGAUGGCGGCUGCCCCUAAUGCACACAUGCAUGUCAAGAAUUUGACUAUGGAAGAAGGAGUUUGCACUGGAAAGGACACUAUGCAUCAGCUCCAGGUCAAGGUUGAUGCAGCAACCCAGGAGGAGAACUCUGGGGGGCCUGUGCUGCCGAGUCAGCCCCCAGAACUAACAUCUAUGCCAUAUACUCCAGAGACCACAGGGCAACAACUGGUGGUUUCCCUUUCAGGGGAGCUCCAUGGGCUCUCUACCAUGCCGAGCAUGUGCCCAAGCCUGAUGAUUCAGCCCUGUGCCACUAUUGACCCUAUGCUACUGCACUCACAGGUCCUGGGCCCCAGUGCCUCCAACCAGGCUUCAGUUUCUGCUACCUUGGAGUGGCAGGAGAUGCUGGAGGCUGCUGAAGCUCUGAUGGCUCUGAAAAAUUCUUCACAGACACGUCACCAGCCCUAUGGUGUACCAGGUCCUGCUGGAGAGAGGGGACUGCAGCUGACCAGCCCCACAAUGCCACCUCGGCCUGCUAGCUCUGGUUCACUGCCUUCUGGACAUCUGUAUUGCAUGUCCCUCUUGACCUAA